CUAACUUCAUAAUUUCAACUUUCUUUAUUUUCACUAACCCUGCGUCCCUACCCUCCUUCUCUCUCUCUCUAUAAAAGCAUUACUAUAGUUGGGGCUUUGACAGUGUUCAACUUUCUCUUCUUCACUUCCUUCCACAUCUUCCAGGUUCAGCUAUGGCGGCAAUGCUGAUAUCUCUCCUCACUUUCAUACUCUUUACUCUCUUUUUCUUAUGCAUUCAAGUUUCAGUUUCGGCCACUGUACUUACUCUAUACAACAAAUGCGCGCACCCCGUGUGGCCGGGGAUCCAACCGAGCGCCGGCAAGCCACUUCUCGCUCGCGGCGGCUUCAAGCUUCCACCCAACAAGGCCCACACUCUUCGCCUCCCGGCUCUCUGGUCAGGCCGCUUCUGGGGCCGCCACGGCUGCUCCUUCGACGCCACCGGCCGUGGCCGCUGCGCCACGGGAGACUGCGGCGGCUCCCUCUUCUGCAACGGCAUUGGCGGCACUCCACCCGCCACUCUUGCCGAAAUCACUCUGGGACAAGAGCAAGACUUCUACGACGUCAGUUUGGUCGACGGCUACAACCUGGCGAUCUCCAUCACCCCGUCUCGAGGAUCUGGAAAAUGCAGCUACGCCGGGUGCGUGAGCGACCUGAACUUGAUGUGCCCGGUGGGGCUGCAGGUCCGGUCGAAGGAUAACAGAAGCGUGAUGGCGUGUAAAAGCGCGUGCUUUGCGUUUAACUCUCCGAGGUAUUGCUGUACAGGGAGCUUCGGGAAUCCGCAAAGCUGCAAACCGACGGCGUACUCGAGGAUUUUCAAGACGGCGUGUCCCAAGGCAUACAGCUAUGCGUACGAUGAUCCCACUAGCAUUGCUACGUGCACUCGGGGAAAUUAUUUGGUCACUUUCUGCCCGCAUCAUCGUUAAAUUUUCAGGAUUUUUGGGCUUAUAUUAUUAUUAUUAUUAUAUAGUAGUUUUAUUUGGAUCUAGCUGUUGAAUCUUGUGGACUACUGUGAACUGAACUCUGGUUAUUUGUUUCUUAUAAUAUAAAGUUCAAAGUUAUUUUA